AUGCCCCUCUACCAUCGUAUGCGAUUUUUACUCCUCUUCGCUGCAUGCUCCGACGACUGGUAUGAGGCAGACGAUGCCAUCGCCCGCUGCGAGAACAUUUGGCAGUCGACGAGAAGCUAUCACACACCCGGCGCGGAUGAGCGCGUCGACGAUGGACUGUACGAAGUGCGCCAAUUGCUCGACACGAUGCGCCGUGAUCUGGAUCUGAAGCCGCGGGUACUGAUCGAUCGAGAGGUCGAAGAGGAGAACGAAGACGUCGAUAUGGCGGAGGAUUCCGAGGAGGAGGCCGAGGAGGAGGAGGACGAGGAGGUGGACGAGGAGGAAGAAUAUGACGAGGACGAUUUCACUGCCCCAGUGAGCGUGAAGUCCGGUCUGGAGAUUUUGCCGAAAGCUUUGGACCCGCAAGGAUCGGUACCAUCGGAAUCCAAGCCGCCGAUCCUCCCCGAACUCAAAGCUCGCAGCACCUCCGGGUUUGACGCAGUCUUUAACCACUGGAAAGAGUUGGAGAACGCUGAGAGCGCAGAUGACAGCGGCCGGAUCGGUAACAAGAGCAAGAAGCCGUUUCGGUCGAUCGGCGUGCCAAAAGAUCAAGUCAUUGUCGAGGAGAAAGGCGCGAUGGAAGGCAAAGCCGGUGUCGAGGAGGACGAAAGAGAAGUCAAGAUCGAGCCAGAGGCAGACAAGACAGAGCGGGAGGUGGAAAUCGAGAAGAUGCACAGAGUGUCAGAGAUGCCUUUGCGUUCCGCAAACAUUCGCGUACCAAAGCGUGAGUGACGGGAGUGUACUUGGGAAGCAAGGAGGCUCUUGCGCUUCGGUUGGACAGCUGAAAGCACCUUAUUAGAGUGGUUUCUUGGAUAGACCGUAGACCGUACUCUCAUCACGUUUCAUGUAGUCACGGUACCGGUUGUCUGCUAUUUGACUCCCAAUG